AUGCACGACGUGUUUACACAUGCGUACGCCGUAAAGUUGCAUCACCGAAAAGGACGUUCGUUAAAUUUUCAUAGUGUCCCUGUGAAAUCAGAGAAAUACACGUCCAUAGAAACCGACUGGCCAAUCAAAUUGUGCUUAAUCAUAGAAAGUUCGGGAGUGGGCGGAGCAGGGUGGUUAGUUGGUUGGAUGGUAUUUGGUAUAAAGUGGUGGUGA